AUGCAGACGCGUUCCAUGAACGAUGAAUCGGACGGUACGGAACAGUCCCUCGGACUAGACAAACCGGGUGCCUUUGAAGGACGAGGAGAACUAAAGAAAAACGUCCAGUCCGGCUCUUGUAAGACCGUUUCUAUUAGUAGUCGUUGUUCCAGUAAAAUAGUCAAAGCCUUAAAAAUAGCCGAAGUAGAAGAGAGGCGAGUUAAACUUGAGGUCGAACUCCAACGGGCUAUUGUUGAUGUCGAAAGAAGGACAGAGCUUGCGAGGAUAGAGAUAGGGAGCCCUCUAUUCAGUGUCCUAAGUGGUCUGUUUAUUAUGUUUUUUUUAACACCUGCAGAUGCAAUACGCUGUAAUGAGCAGUACCGUAGCUGCCAUUCCGAAGUAAUUCGGCAAACAGCUAUUGAAUGGUUCCAUGGAACACGAGACAGAUACGGCGGGCGAGCCAAACGGCGUCGAGUAGCUGAUAUGGUACUUACUUUUCCAACAAGUUUUUACAACACAUUGAUUUAGGGUUCCCUAGAACAUUCAACAAGCAGCUUUGAACUUUCGCAAACAAUUUCGGAGGACACAGUGAGUAAAUUCAUAUUUGCUAUGUAGCCGCCUAAGCUUUGACUUUCAGUAUAAUUUUUUUCCUCUAUUUAAUAUUAGUAUUAUUUAAAUUUAAUUAAUCAACCAGUCUGCAUAAUUUUCUUAUGUUCAGUACAUUUAAUUUUUAAUUUCUGCAUUAAGACAUACAUCUAUUUAGCGGAUACCUCAUUAUGAUUUACUUUCAAAUUAAUUAAUACUGAUUUCAAUUUUUUUCAUUAAGUUGUAUCGUUAUUUUGACAGCUGUACUUGAUAAAAACAUUUACAGGGGACAUAAAUGACUUAUUAGCCAAAAAUAGAUGGCUAUGUAUUCCUUUAGUCCCCUCUUAAUGUUUUUAAAAAGUAUUUCUGGCAUAAUUAUUUUUCAGGCAUUUUUUUUCACUCCAUAAGUUAUUUAUCUGAAAUUUUUAUUUAAGUUGCCCUAAGGAAAUUUAAAGUUACUUAGGGCAACUUAAAUGUUACACCACGCAUGCCGUUUAGUAAAACAAAAUUAUUACUUAAUUUACUAUUAUGAAGAAUUGUUUACUAAUUAAUGUUUUUUUAGGAGCCUGCCGUGGAUGAACACUUCCGGCAACACAACGAUGCCGUGUAA